ACCAUUGCUGCAGAAGGUUGUGUUUAUUGUGGACAUGAAAUAAUGUAUUUUAUUAACAGUCAGUACAUGCUUUUCGAUUAAAAGAGGAAUUGUGGACGUUGCGGAAUGGAAAAGUAUAGUUUUUCGUUUUCGGCACCAUGCAUUUUAGCUUGUAUUUGUAUUUUGAUUCCUUCUGUCCAUGGGGAUUUGAGCUACACAUUCCCAGAAGAAACGAAGCUACAAUAUGUGAUCGGAAAUGUAGCAAAGGAUAUUGGUCUUGAUGUGAAACGAUUAUCUGCUCGUAAAGCUCGAAUAGAGACGGAAGGCAGCGCUAAACGGUAUUGCGACAUUAAUCUGAAUAGUGGAAAUCUGGUCGUGGCGGAAACAAUAGAUCGAGAGAAGCUUUGUGGGUCGAAAAUUUCGUGCAUUCUUAAUUUCGAGCUUGUGUUGGAAAAUCCUCUUGAUGUGCAUCGCAUUUCACUGCAGAUUCAGGAUGUAAACGACAACGCGCCGAGAUUUCCUAACGAUCGGAUUACAUUUAAUAUGAUGGAAUCAACCGACAAAGGAGAGCGUUUCCGUUUGGAUGAAGCUCACGAUUCUGAUAUUGGCCAAAAUUCUGUUCAAGAGUAUUCGCUGGAAAGAAAUAAUCAUUUUGUUUUGUCGGUUAAAGAAAACACGGAGGGAGGAAAAUACGCUGAACUGGUUAUGGAAAAAGAGCUGGAUCGUGAACUGACGAAGGAAAUAGAUUUAAUAUUUACUGCGACUGAUGGAGGCACACCACAGAGGUCUGGUACUGCAGUUAUCCACAUCAAUGUGCUCGAUGCUAAUGACAAUACCCCGGUUUUUAGUCAGUCUGUGUAUAAGGUUACUCUGGCUGAAAACGCAGCGCUGGGUGCAGAAGUAGUUACAGUGAUCGCCACAGACGCCGAUGAGGGGGUAAACGGGGAAGUCAGUUAUGAAUUUAGUCGAAUAUCUGACACAGCUGAAAAGUUAUUCUCGAUUGAUAGGAUAACUGGUCGAAUUACAGUGAACGGAAACAUCGAUUAUGAAGAGGAAACUACAUAUGAAAUGAGAGUCCAGGCAAAAGAUGGUUCUGGUUUAACAUCCACUGCAAAAAUUAUUAUAGACAUCACUGAUGUAAAUGACAACUCUCCAAGAAUUAUUCUUAAAUCACUGAAUGAUCCAAUUCCUGAAAAUAGUAUUGUAGGCACUGAAGUGGCCAUCAUUAAUAUUCAGGAUAAUGAUUCAAUUGAUAAUCGAAAAGUCAGAUGCUCCAUUCAUGAAAAUGUUCCUUUUAAAUUAAACCCAUCCAUUAAAAACUACUUUUCUUUGGUAACCACCAGCUUGUUAGACAGAGAGAAAGAAUCAGAUUAUAACAUAACAAUCAUUGCUACGGAUGGAGGAUCUCCACCUUUAUCAACAUCAAUGACCAUUCAUUUAACCAUAUCUGAUGUGAAUGACAAUCCUCCUGUAUUUAAACAGCAAUCCUACACUGCAUAUGUAAUGGAAAAUAACAAACCAGGAACCUCUGUUAGUUCUGUUACUGCAGGAGACCCAGACUGGAGGCAGAACGGUACAGUAAUGUAUUCCCUGGUGCCCAGUGAGAUAAACGGUCUUCCUGCAUCCUCAUUUUUAUCUGUUAACUCAGACACAGGAGUGAUCCAGGCUGUGAGGUCAUUUGACUAUGAAAAGUUCAGAAACUUUAAAGUCCAGGUUGUAGCCAGAGACAAUGGUUCUCCUCCACUCAGCAGCAAUGUGACUGUGAGUGUGUUCAUAUCAGAUGAGAAUGAUAACUCUCCACAGAUAUUAUACCCUGCUCCAGAGGGAAAGUCUUUAAUGACUGAGAUGGUCCCUAAAGCUGCUCUCUCUGGCUCUCUGGUCUCCAAAGUCAUUGCUGUGGAUGCUGACUCUGGACAGAACGCGUGGCUGUCAUAUCAGAUCGUCAAAUCUACUGAUCCAGGACUUUUCAAUAUUGGUCUCCAUAGUGGAGAGAUCAGGGCUCAGAGGGACAUUACUGAAUCUGACAGCAUGAAACAGAACCUUGUGAUCUCAGUGAAAGAUAAUGGACAGCCGCCUCUCUCUGCUACCUGUUCUGUAUAUUUACUUAUUUCUGACAAUCUUGCUGAAGUUCCAGAGCUUAAAGACAUGACUUAUGAGGAGAGCAAUUCCAAAUUGACUUUUUAUCUGAUCAUUGCGCUAGUUUCCGUCUCCACCUUCUUUCUGACUUUCAUUAUUCUGAUCCUGGCUGUGAGGUUUUGCCACAGGAGAAAGCCCAGACUGUUGUUUGAUGGAGCAGUGGCCAUUCCCAGUGCGUAUCUCCCUCCCAACUAUGCAGAGGUGGAGGGAGCUGGAACUCUCCGUAGUUCUUACAAUUAUGACACGUAUCUAACAACAGGAUCACGUACCAGUGACUUCAAGUUCAUCACGUCUUACAAUGACAGCACUCUUACUGCUGGUGGAACUCUGAAGAAGGUACAAAAUGAGACUUUAGCUGCAAGCCUGAUUACGCUUAAUAAUAUAGGAGAGGCAGAUGAGGUAAGAAUUCUUGCCUUUCCUUUGUUUGGUGACUUUGUAAUAUAAUUCCAUUGGAUGUUC